AUGCGGCAAGAAAGAGAGAAGGCAACACCAACUAAAAGGACUAAAAGGACUAAAAGGAAAGGAUCUCUGCACCUGUUGCUAAAAAAUUCGGAGAGCUUGCCAGUGGAGGAGAAGACGAUCACCCCUAUUUCGGCAUCACAGAGUAUGGCCAGCUCUUCCGCCUUCUUGAACAGGCCCCUCCUCCGCUUCGAGAAGGUCACCUGCCUCGUGGUCGUGUUUUCUAUCUUCCUAAUCUUGAUCUUCUCCCUCACCAUCCCUUCCUUCUCUGUCCUCCGACUUCUUUUGCCUCACCACAUGGCUUGCUGA